AGGGGCGUGUCUGCGUAUGGCUCUCUUACAGUCUUUAGGGGAGCCGCUCCCUUUGCCUCUUCCAGCAUCCGAGCUGGGCUGAUACGCAGCUUGGAGGCAGAGUCUGCAAACCAGAGUUGGCUGGUUCUCCCUCCCGGGGGCGUGGAGUCACGAUGACCUCCCGCAGGUGGUUUCACCCGAACAUCAACGGAAUUGAAGCGGAGAAGCUGCUGUUGACCCGAGGUGUCCAUGGGAGUUUUUUGGCCCGGCCUAGUAAAAGCAACCCGGGAGAUUUCACUCUAUCAGUCAGGAGAAAUGAUGAAGUAACCCAUAUCAAAAUCCAAAACUCCGGGGACUACUACGACCUCUAUGGCGGGGAGAAGUUUGCCACAUUGGCUGAACUGGUCCAGUAUUACACAGAACAGCAGGGCCUCUUGCGGGAAAAGAAUAGCAACAUAAUUGAGCUGAAGUUUCCUCUGAAUUGCCAAGACCCCACCUCAGAGAGAUGGUACCACGGCCACCUGACGGGCAAAGAAGCGGAGAAACUCCUAACCGACAAAGGCAAGCCUGGGAGCUUCCUGGUCCGGGGCAGCCAAAGCAAACCGGGCGACUUUGUCUUGUCAGUGCUGACGAACGAGGACAAAGCCGACACGGGGGACCGGAAGCCCCGAGUGACUCACAUCAUGAUCCGCUAUCAGCUAGAUGGAAAAUACGAUGUGGGGGGUGGUGAGCGUUUUGACACCCUCACAGACUUGGUGGAGCACUAUAAGAAAAACCCCAUGGUGGAGAAGUCUGGGGCAGUUGUACACCUGAAGCAGCCGUUCAACGCCACACGGAUCAUCGCCGCCAACAUCGAGAACCGAGUGAAGGAGUUGAACAAAAUGGCCGACCACAGCGAGAAGGCCAAGCAAGGCUUUUGGGAGGAGUUUGAGAUGUUGCAGCAACAGGAAUGCAAGUUCCUCUACCCCAGGAAGGAGGGGCAGCGGACAGAGAACAAAGCAAAAAACCGUUACAAGAACAUCCUUCCCUUUGACACGACACGAGUGGCUCUCCGAGACGAGGAUGAGAGCGUUCCGGGUUCCGAUUACAUCAAUGCCAAUUAUAUCAAGAAUAUUCUUGAAGACGGAAAGAGCUCUGAACACAGCAAGGUCUACAUUGCCACCCAGGGUUGCCUCCAAACCACCGUGAAUGACUUUUGGGCAAUGGUGUACCAAGAGAACACGCACGUCAUUGUCAUGACGACCAAAGAAGUGGAGCGAGGGAGGAAUAAAUGCUUCCGCUACUGGCCGGAUAAAAACGGCGCCAAGGAAUACGGUUACAUCAACGUGAGGAAUGUCGGUGAGCAGGAGGCUCAGGGUUAUCACAUCCGAGAGCUGGAGAUUGCACGGACAGACAGGGAAGAGUGCCCCCAGCAAAUCAAGCACUUUCAGUACUUUAGCUGGCCAGAUCACGGGGUCCCGAAUGAGCCAGGAGGGGUCCUUGGCUUCCUGGAUCAAGUCAACAGAGCCCAGCGGAGUUUUCCGGACACAGGGCCGAUUGUAGUGCACUGCAGCGCUGGGAUCGGACGGACUGGCACCAUCAUCGUGAUAGACAUCUUGGUGGACACCAUUCAUAGGCAAGGAUUGGACUGUGACAUUGAUAUUCCCAAGACUAUCCAGAUGGUGCGGAGGCAGCGCUCAGGAAUGGUGCAAACGGAAGCCCAAUACAAGUUUGUCUACAUGGCCGUCCAGCAGUACAUCGCGACGCAACAAAAGGAGCUGGAAGAAGAGCAGAGGAAGGAAAGAGAGUACUUGAAUAUCCGAUACCCACCGAUGGAGAAGCCCCGACCCAAAGCUCACCCCCCUUCACCAAGAGUCCAGACAGGGGUUGACGACGACUCUGCCUCCAUCUAUGAAAACCUCAACUUUAAAGCUGCAAAGGUCUCAGGGUUAAGUAGCUCAGGGAGAUAGCAGCUUCAAAACAGGAUGUGUACUGGUGGCUAUAAAACAGGAGUUGCUGAGGGUUACAACCAUACUUUCUCCGUAUUCUACCAUUGCCACCUAUUCCUUCUUUCACCACUUGAACAGUGUUUCUCUGUCUUCAAAGCACCUUGGAUUCAGCACAGAAAACAAAAAAAACCCUAUCCAGUAUGUUGGCUGCUGAGGGUGGAACAUCUAUGCUUUAGGAACAAAUUUUGGCCUAACUUAUUCAGGAGAGAGACAAACACCCUCCUCGCACACUGCUGUUGUUACACAUUAGCUGCUGUUGAUUAUCUGCAAGUGCCUCUGGAUGUCUAUAAUAGAGCCUACAAAUCUCCUUUUAACAUUUUUAUAUAUAUUAAAAAGCACGGUAAGUUA